AUGUCAUCGGGGUUGCCGGAACCUUCAGCAGACACCACACUGGAUCUAAACUUCCGGAUCAUCUCUUGCCGCAAGUUGUUAAAAGGUGAUCGCAAUUCAUCAGAUCCAUAUGUCAAAAUCAUGAUGGGGAAGACGGAACUUCAUAGGACCAAAUACCAGCUCAAAACUUUGAAUCCAGUCUUUGGUACCCAACAUGAUAAUUCUUUUUCCAAGCAGAUUAACUACGGUGUAAUGAAGGCAGUUGGUGGCAUCGGCAUUGAGGUCAAAGAUUGGGAUCGCAUAGGCAAUGACGAUCUUAUUGGACUUGCCACUAUCAAACCAGUCCAGCUGUUGGAUUUUGUUAAAAGCGGUAAACCGACCACAAUACGAUUAGAUGUCCCACCGGGUCGCAAGGAAACAGAAGGAGGAUUCAUCACACUUUGCGUACAAGAUGUUGGAGAUUCCGACAGCAGCGAUUCCGACGUCGAAGAGACUACGGACGAAGUUGUUGCUUCUCUGCCAAAUCUAGAUUUUCGUACCUCUGUUGCUGAAUCUAUGGGUGAGGGCCCGCCCCUAUACGAUAAAGAGCUUAUGAUUGAAAUCAUGGCUUGCCGACACCUCAUCGCUGGUGAUCGAUCCGGAACUUCAGACCCUUAUGUUGAGAUCAAAUUGGGCGACGCAGUGUUGCACAAGACUCUCUGGAUCGAAAAGACACUAAAUCCUGCGUACUCUAUUGACCACAAGAAUAUCUAUAAUCUGAAAUGCUCAGCCAAAGCUCUCUGGUCCAAAGGAGGACUUGAAUUUGUUGUAAAGGAUCACGAUAUGGGAAUUUCUGCCCUUGGUAUGACAGAUGACGAUCUGGGAUAUGUGAGAGUACCGCCACAAAAGUUGUAUGACUGCAAUGGCGAAUAUAUGGAAUUCACGCUAAAACCACCGAGGAACAGUCAAGGUAUGACGGAAGCCGGCACCAUUUCGAUUCGUGCACGAGAAACCAAGUUGGAAGAUACGGACAAAAAAGCAGCACUAGACGUUGAAGCUGUGGCUGGUAUCGGGAGAGAUUCGAUCAUGAUGGACGAUCGACACCAAUGGGAUACAGAAGCGGACUUCUCCGCCAUCAAACCGAAACGUGAAAAACUGUAUUUGGAAGAUUCUGAUUCUAGCUCGGAUUCCAGUGACAUGUACAUGGACAGCACUGAUGAUGAAGGGCCGCGAAAGAAGCCAGUAUCGUUUGGUGCUGCUGCAACUACGAAAGUGGAUGACGACAGUGACGAAGAGAUGCCGGGGCCAACUAAUUUGACGGAGCAGGUGACGAGCAAAUGGGGAAAUCAGAAGGGCAUGGGAGGGAAAAGAAAAGGUCCUGGAGGGAGAGGGGGAAGAGGAGGACCAGCUAUGGGAGGGAGAGGCGGUCGAGGAGAAUUAUACGUUCCAUCUGUUCAUCCUGGGGACAUGUUCGACCAAGAAAUUGAAGCUCUUGAGCAAAGGAAACCAGAUGCCUCUGAUAAUGAAACGGCUUCUACCGUUUCCCUUGAACCAAAAGAAAAUAUGAAUGAUAUGUGGGAGCAGAUGGUUGAAAAGGACGAAAAGAUUAAGGAGCUUCAACUCGAAGUUGAUUUGUUGAAAGAACAAAACAAGGAGCUACGAUUAGAGCUCAAGCGGAGCCGAUAUACACGCAAGACCAACAAGCCACCGAAGCAGAAGAAAACCAACAAGGUUCCAUUGGCAAAGAAAAAACAAGAGGCGACAAAUAAAGAAGAGAAGGUAGAAGCGGCGCCAAAUACAAAAUCUGCGAUGAAGAAAAGCAAAUUCAGUGCACUCGACUCUGAUGCUCCAUCGGACGAUGACAAGGUCGAACACCCGAAGGAGGAAAAGGAGGCCCCAAAGGCCAAAAUUGGUGCAUUAGAUUUUGGUCUCGAUGCUCCAUCCUUCAGCAGUGACGAAAGUGGUAACGACGAGGACAGUGACGAGAAUGCACCCAAGCGUGGGAUCACUCCUGUAGCCUCUGUCGUUUCACCCGCUAUUAUGGCCCCUACCCGCGGCAUCCCAGGAGUCCGUUUGAGCGAGAUGGAAGCUCCGAAACUUCCGGCCAACGUUCUUUCCCCAAGCCGUGGCAUCCCCGCAGUUCGCAUGAGCGAAAUCGAAGCAGAGACUUCGCCGAAGGAGCCAGCAUCUCCCAACAAGCGGGGCGUAACCUUUGAUGCACCGUUCUCUCCUGGUGGCAAUACCACCGAUGGCUCGACGGACACAGAACGUAGUCCUCACAGGGGGCUCUUGGGCAAAAUGGGCCUGACAGACUCAGUGGUUGACAGAGCAUCGUUGUAUUCCUUCAUGCAAUCACGCUCGGAUGACGAGGACACUAUAGAAGGCACAAAUGACCCCCCCGACUUUGAUCGAAAGCACAAGGAUAUGCAGUUUGCUAAGAUGGACUUUGUCGGGAUCGCCGGGAGUAAGGACAAAGAGCCUCUCCGGAAAAUCAAUGCUAUGCCGUCUCUAGCCUUCAAUCCCAGUAAUAUUCUAUCAAGGGAUGAAGACUCUGAUGAGGACCGCACGAAAAAGAUGGUUGGCGUAAGUGUGGACAAGGAUUGGGAUAGGCAUUCCAAUCACAGCAACUUCGAACACACCACCACAACCGUAAUCUCUCAGACAGCCAUGCAGCAAACAAAAAUCUCCGGCCGCCGUGUCUUUGAGUUGGAACAACAAGUACAAGAACUGAAGGAAGAGCUCGAAUUGGCCUUGGCCAACCCAGGUGGAUACGAAAAAGCUUCGUUGGAGGUGCAACUGAAGGUUGCCCAAGAUGCCAAGGAGAAGCUCGCAGUAGAAAAUGAACGGUUGCAAAAGAUGAACAAGAUCCAAAAGCAUGCCAUGUUUGAAUUGAGUUCCAAGCAGAAUGGGCUCUUUUGGUAA